AUGAGCGUGGACAGCAGUGACGGCCAGGUGCGGCGGCGUGGUGGGCAGCACCCCGGGCUGGCGAGCCGCCUGGCUGCCUGGAGCUCCAGCAUCACCGGACGCCUGCUGUACCAGUAUUACAACUGGCGCAAGGACACGCUCAGCGACCUGCAGCUCUUCCUGCUCUUCAAUCUGGCCCUGUUCCUGGUCAGCGCGGGCAUUGAAGGAGCCAUCCUGCGCGGCAUGGGCGGCAUGGACAGCGCGGCGGGGGCGGCGGGAGAGGCCUUUGGGGCGGAGGCGCAGGCAGGCGAUGCCUGGCUCAACCUGUACAUCGUCUUCAAGACCGUGUUUGGGCAGGACAUGCCCUCCGUCGACUCUGGCGUGGUGUUUGCGGUGGCCACUGUUGCAGUGGGCCUGGCCAGCUUCGCGCUGGUACUGGCGCUCGUGGAGCAGGCUGUCCUCGAAAUUCUGACGGUCAACGUCAAGGUGGGCAGCAGCGUGUACGAGGAAGGGCACACCGUGCUGCUGAGCUGGUGCGACUCGGCGGGAGAGAUGGAGCAGGUCACUCGCAUGCUGAAGCAGCUGUGCCUGGCGUACCGCGCAUCUGGGGGCAGGACCAUUGCGCGCGGCAAGCUUGAGAUGGAGGGAGCUUUCCAGGCGCGCAUCCCGCCGGAGCAGCGCCACGGCUCCACGCUCGUCUUCCGCUGCGGGUCGCCGCUGGACCCCGCCGCGCUCAGCGUGGUGUCGUGCGACUACAGCCGCUCCCCAACCGAGUCUGACUAUCAGGUGGUGCGGGCCGCGGUGCUGCUGGACGAGCUGCUGCUGGCGCGGCAGCGGGAGCAGGCCAGGCAGCACGACGGCUGGGCGCCGGCGGCGGCCGGGCGUGCCAGCGCCGCCAGGCGGCCCACGGUGGUGGCCCAGGUGAAGAGCAAUGAGGCGGCUGGCACGCUGGCGUUUGCGUGCGGGGCCAGGGUGCACGCCAUACCCACCAAGCGGGUCAACGCCCUGCGCCUGGCGCGCCUGGUGCGCCAGCCAGAGGCGGCUGCCAUCCUGCGAGAGCUGUCGGACUUUGCCUCAAACGCGCACCUGGCGCUGCACCCGCUGCCCAGCCAGCUGGCGGGCCGCACCGUGGCCCAGCUGCUGCUGCACCUGCCAGACGCCACGCUGGCAGGCUUGCAGCGGAUCCAGGCAGCCUCCAUACCCAGCAGCAGCGGCACCGGCAGCAGCAAUGUCAGCAGCAACGGCAGCAGCAACGGCAGCAGCAAUGUCAGCAGCAGCACAUCUUCGACCGACGGCAGCGGCGGCCCCAGCCCGGUGCUGCUCAACCCGCCAGCAGACACGGUGCUGGAGCAAGGCGACUCUCUCGUGCUGCUGUGCGGCGAGCGGCCCACGUUCCUGCCAGCGCCGCUCAGCGCCGACACCUCCCCUGCCAGCUCCUCGGCGGCGAGCUGGGGCCCCAAGAGCAGCAGCGGCCGUGGCAGCGGCGCCGCCGCCGCGAUGCUGCCCAAGCCCUCAAUCGAAGUGAACACCGCCGACGGCGCCUACGUGACCAGCAGCAGUGACGAGGAGGGGCUGAGCGACAGCGGUGGCGCAGGGUGGGCGCCGACGCUCGGCAGCGACAGCGGUGCCGCCAGUGGCUCAUACUGCCUACCGGAGCAGUACUACUUCGUGAACCGCAACGCACAAAACAUACUGAUCUGCGGCUGGGGCUGCCGAGAGACGAUGGCAGAGCUUCUGUUUGCGCUGAACAGCGGGCCGCAGGCGUUGCCACCUGGCUCGUCUGUGACGCUCGUCAACCAGCACCCGACCUGGUUCAAAGAGGCCUUGGACGACAUAGCCAGGAUGGGUGGAGCCCAGAACAUACAGCUGCACCACAUCAACGCCAACCCGCUGCGCCGCGCCUCCCUGGCGGCCGCCGUCGACGUCGCCCAGUUCCACGCCGCCCUCAUCCUCAGCGACAGCCUGUGGCACAGCGGCGGCAGGGACGGCGCGGCCCAUGGCACCCUGGCGGAGCCUCCUGGCACCGGAGGUGAAGCCAGCAGCGCCAGCCCCAGCGGCGACAGCGGCUCGGCGGUGUAUGGUGCGGCGUUGGAGGCCAGCAUCGGCAGCCAGCAGGAUGCUCUGCGCAUGGAUGCAGCGGUACUCAGCGUCCACCUCAACAUCCGCAUGCUCCUGCAGGCUGCGGGCCGCUCCGAUAUCAACAUUAUCUGCGAAAAGCAGAUGCACACGGGCACGACUCGGUUCGAGGACAUGAACCGCCUGCCGCUGGGCAUCACCACCUGCACCGCAUCCUUCUCCGCCCGGCUGCUGGCGCAGGUGGCUGUCGACCCUCGCUUUUGGAGCUUCUACCAGCAGCUGGGCGUGCGGGUGCACCUGGUGAAGUGGGAUGCCGCUGAGCUGGCGGGGGAGCAGGAGGAGCUGACGUACUGCCAGCUGCAGCAGCGCGCGCUGCGGUACCGCCAGGCCAUCCUGCUGGGCAGCUACACCAUCCCCGAGCGGGACCGUGGCAUCCAGCUGGAUUUCAACCCGCAGGGCGCAGAGCAGCGCACGCGCCCAAGGGUGUGGAACAGCGGUGACGGCCGCUGCAAGCUGCUGCUGCUGGCCCCGGUGUCGCGCGCUGCAGCGGUGGGAGAUGCAGGGUGGCCCGGGGCGGGUGCUGCGACGGCCGGCGGCAGCAAAGCCGCGGGGUGGGGAGCGGCGCUGGCCCCUGCCAAGGCAACGCCCAGCGGCCAGAACAACGGCCUUUCCUGA